AGUGCAUGCAAGCUCUUCUUCCAGCUGCUCAAGUUGUGUCCACUUCGUAUCAGUGAGAUAGUGGACACAUUUAUCUGCUUCAGCUUCAGCCAUGGCCGCCUGCCAAGUAUUUAGCAAUGUGGUGUCGCAAGUCUCUUCACUAAGGACCAGUGUGGAAACGAGUGCGAGCUCUGUGAGCUCUGUGGUUAUACGUGGCAGUAGACAUGCGACCUUAGGAUUGUCACACAGUGGCUUCGUAGCCACCUUCCAGCAAUCGUGCACAGAUUCGGCGUCAAAUAUGUGCAGGAAGCAGGUCAACGUCAGGGCGGCACAGGUGCCCUCAGAAGUGACGACUAAGGUGACUAAGAAAUGCUUCUUCGACAUCGAAAUUGACGACAAGCCGUGUGGUCGCAUCAUUAUUGGGCUCUUCGGUGACACAGUCCCUGAUACCGUCGAAAACUUCCGUUGUCUUUGCACGGGUGAGAGGCGUUUUGGUUACAAGGGAUCGGCGUUCCACCGUGUAAUCAAUGACUUUAUGAUCCAGGGUGGUGAUUUUGACCAACGCAAUGGCACUGGUGGAUAUAGUAUUUACGGCAAUACCUUUAAGGAUGAGAACUUCAAUUUGAGGCAUACUGGAGAGGGAGUUUUGAGCAUGGCAAAUCGUGGGCCUAAUACUAAUGGAAGCCAGUUUUUCAUCUGUACUGUAGAGGUAUGCCAAGGGUCCAUUGCUUCUGUUUCCCACCUUGCAAUUGUACAAUUUUGUUUACAGUGCCUUUAAAGGUGUGGGAAAAGUUGUAGUAAAUUAUAAUAGAGAAUUGGCAACAUUAAUAGUUGCUUUUGAAUAUUGUAGCAUUUCAUGAGUGAAAUUUGAAGUCAAGGUUCUUGAUUUAAAGAAUUGGUUUAAGAGGUACAAGUUAAGUUAUAGUGACAACUUCUAAGUUUCUAAAAGCUUAUCCGUCAAGGCCAAAACUUAUGCAAAUUGAUACCAUACGUUUCAAAUCUCUUAAUAAGCAAGAAAAGAUUUGACAUUAUUAAAAAAAAUUAUGCUUAUGUUGUGGAAAACUUAAGAAAAAUAUACUUUAUAGUAUACUUUAUAGUAUACAAAAAAACAACGUAAUCACAGAACAAAGAGUAUGGUUGUCAAAGAAGUUGAUUUGUCAAAAAAUAAGUUUCUCCACUUAUAAUAGAGACCAUACAAUUAGAAUCUUGUACAAUACUUAGUAUUAUUCUCUUAUUAAUAAAAGUACUAUUUUCUUAUUAAGUUUA